AUGCAAACUUUGGAAGAAUCUGAAGCCACCCUCGAACGCGAGAAGCGAAACCGAGCCGACAUGGACAAGGCGAGAAGAAAGGCUGAAGGUGAUCUGAAGAUUGCUCAAGAAGAAAUGGACGAGUUGUCGAAGGCCAGAAGCGAUGUGGAGAACAGUCUAAGACGCAAGGAGACAGAACUUCACAAUCUUGGCAUCAAGCUCGAAGACGAAUCGGGUGCUGUGGCUAAGCUACAGAAGGCAGUACAGCAGGAUGAGGCUAAGAUGAAGGAUUUGAGCGAUCAAUUGGCUGAUGAGAAGGAAUCUCGUUCUCGUGCUGACAGAGCUCGCUCGGAGCAGCAAGCUGAAUACGAUGAACUUAGCGAACAACUGGAUGAGCAUGCUCGUCUCAAAUUCGGUGAACAACUUACUACCCUCAAGAAGAAAGGAGCCGAUGCUGUGCAAGAGCUUUCCGACCAAGUUGAGCAGCUUCAGAAAGCCAAAGCCAGAGCCGAAAAGGAGAAGGCCCAGAUGCAACGCGAAUUCGACGAGGCUUCUACCGCCCUCGACCACGAGGCCAAGGCUCGCAUCGAGCAGGAACGCAUCGCCAAGCAGCACGAGGUUCUGCUUCUGGAACUCCGUCUCAAAGCCGACGAACAGUCCCGCCAACUGCAAGACUUUGUCUCGGCCAAGGGUCGGCUCAACUCCGAGAAUGGCGACCUCAUUCGCCAAGUCGAAGAGCUCGAGGGUAAGAUUCAAGCGGCUACUCGGCUGAAGAUUCAAUUCUCCAACGAACUCGACCAAACUCGACGCACUGCUGAGGAAGAGGGUCGUGAGCGACAGAAUCUCAACAAUCUGUCGAAGAACCUCACUCGCGAGCUCGAACAGCUACGUGAAUCCAUCGAGGAUGAAGUAGCCGGAAAAGCUGAGUCUACUCGCCAGCUGCAGAAAGCACAGACGGAAUUGGAACAGUGGAGAACCAAAUUCGAGACCGAAGGUUUGAUCGGAGCUGAUGAGUUCGACGAGGUGAAGAAGCGACAGAAUGCCAAGACCAGCGAUCUACAGGAUGCGCUCGAUGCAGCCCAUGCUAGAAUCGUAGCUCUGGAAAAUGCGCGCAGCCGGUAAGU